UUCUCAUACUCGUCCAUUAAAGCUAAAGAGAGAUAUAUAUAUAAAUACAAAAAAACAAACAAACAAGUAGGAGAAGAAAAGACAAAUUCCUUCUUGUAUAUGCCACAGAGGUUAUCGAGCUGCAUAUUUUAGAUUAAAAAUGGGUGAAGGUGAAAAUGGUGGUGGAGGGAAAAAGAAGGUUGCCAUCAUGGGAGUGUCUUCUCUACUCCUAGUGGCAAUGGUGGUGGGCACCGUGGUCGGAGUCACCCGGCAUCAGAAUCAGAAGAGCGGCGAAGCCAACGGUGGUGGUGCUCCGGCAACCAGCGGUGGUGAUCAAAUAACGACGUCGUCGAAGGCAGUGAAGGCCAUCUGCCAACCAACUGAUUAUAAGGAGACCUGCGAAGGCAGUCUUUCUUCAGCAGGAAAUACGAGCAACCCAAAAGACCUCAUCAAGUUGGCCUUCAACGUUACCGUACAAAACAUCAGAGAGGCCAUGAAGAACUCUUCUCUUCUCAAAGAACUCGCAAAGGACCCGAGGACGGAGGAUGCUUUUGGGCUCUGUCAUGAGCUCUUGGAGGACUCCAUUGAUGAUCUCAAGAGAUCUUUCGAUAAACUUCGAGGUUUUGAACUUAGCAGUUUGGAUGAAUUCGGGGCAGACCUGAAAACAUGGCUCAGUGGUGCCAUUACCUACCAACAGACUUGCUUGGACGCCUUCGAGAACACGACAGGCGAUCUUGCACAGAAAAUGCAGGAGCUGUUGAGGAGGUCGGGCGAGCUCUCCAGCAAUGCUCUUGCCAUGGUUACUGAGCUCAACAAGAUCAUCAAAACCAUAGAGCUACCGGGGGCCAGCCGGCGACUCCUCGAACCAGAGGGUCAUGAUGCGUUCCCUUCAUGGGUCGGUUCUACUCAGCGCAGGCUCCUACAAGCUACUCCGGCAACCAUCAAACCGGACGUCGUUGUCGCUCAGGACGGGUCCGGGAAGUAUAAGACCAUUAAUGAAGCCCUAAAAGAUAUCCCAAAGCAUAGCAACAAGACGUUUGUCAUAUACAUCAAGGCUGGUAUUUAUAAGGAGUAUGUUAUUAUCACUAAGCAAAUGAUCAAUGUGAUGUUCAUCGGAGAUGGCCCAACAAAAACCAAGAUCACUGGAAACAAGAGCUUUGUUGGUGGUUUUAAUACAUUCAGAACCGGAACACUUGGUGUAAAUGGAAAUCAAUUCAUGGCGAAGAACAUUGGAGUUGAGAACAGUGCAGGAGCAACAAUGCACCAAGCUGUAGCAAUCCAAGUUUCAUCGGACUUAUCGGUCUUUUACAAUUGCCAAUUCGAUGGUUACCAAGACACCCUCUACGCUCACACCCACCGUCAAUUCUACCGUGACUGCACCGUCUCCGGAACCAUAGACUUCGUCUUCGGUGACGCGGCUGCUGUCUUCCAAAACUGCACCAUGGUGGUGAGGAAGCCACUGCCCAACCAGGCCUGCAUGGUCACGGCUCAAGGAAGGAAAGAGCCACGUAAUUGGUCCGCCAUAGUCCUCCAGAACUGCACCAUCAUAGGUGCACCGGAGUUGUUAGCUUCCAAGCCCCCGGUGAAGGUGUUUCUCGGACGGCCAUGGAAGAAUUUCUCGAGAACCGUUGUGAUGAAUUCUCAUAUUGAGGGGAUUGUGGACCCGGAAGGAUGGUCUCCAUGGUUGGGUACUCAAUAUCUUGACACACUCUAUUAUGUUGAGUUCAACAACAAAGGCCCAGGCGCAGACCAAGCAAAGAGAGUGGCAUGGCCGGGUCUGGUCAAGAACGUAACCCCGGAGCAAAUAAGUGAGUUCACUCCUAAAUCUUUCAUUAACAGCGAAACUUGGAUUCCGGCCACCGGAGUGCCCUACCAACCUGGCUUAUGAUGAUGAUCGUGGCAUAAAGUAAUUAAGAGGCUAGACAUGCAGUAAUAUACUUAAUCAUUACAUCUUUGUGUUAAUUAAUGUAUCUAGAAGUCUUGUAUUCAUGUAUGCAUAUAUUGCAUGAUUUUUAGACUUGACUAGGAAGAUAGUUAAUGGAAGAGUCUCUAGGGUUCUCUGUGUACUAGCAUAAAAAAAGGGUACGCUACUAUUGAUCCCCUUUUCUUUCUGUAAGCAAUGAACUCUUUGUGUUGUAACUCGAAUAAAAAAUUAAUUUGGUAGCCA